AUGAGUCUGAAGUGGCUGGUCACUCUGAGUGUGUUUCUGGUCAUUGGUAACCAUGGCGACGCACAGGAUGUUCGGGUCAAGCUCUGCGGCCGGGAGUUCAUCCGCAUGGUGGUCACUUCCUGUGGAAGCUCCAGACUGAGACGCUCCGCACUGGACAUUAACCACACGCACUUCAGCACACACACAGGUCAGAUCGUUGACGGGCUCAGCAGUGGUCAGUUAGCGAAACUGAUGCGACUCCAGACUUUUGAGGAUGUACAGCGGUUGGACGUCGGCUCCUCAGAGAGAGGCAUGGAGAACAGAUCUGCAGGAAAAACCACUGAAUGGUCCAGAACGGCGUCAGACGGUGGUCACUCUGCAAGAGUGUCCAGCCGGAUGGUGCGUGAUGUUGGUCCGGCCGGAGUGUGUUGUCGGUCCGGCUGUACGAUGAGUGAACUGAUUCAGUACUGCUGAC